CCGCGCACCCGGCAGCCCCGGGACCGGGACGGCGAGCACCUCGGGGACGCCCGUGCUCCGCGGGCCGCAGCCUCGCCCGCCACCGACGCUGACGCCGCCGCGCACCGCGCACCGCAGCCCCGAGAGGACCGCACCGCCGAGUCCGCGCCCCCGGCCGCAGCCUUGACUGGAUGUCCUGCAACUGAGAAACCCGGUUUUUAACCCAUUAGUAUGCCUUUGGAGAUGGAGCCCAAAAUGAGCAAACUGGCCUUUGGAUGUCAGAGAAGUUCCACAUCUGAUGAUGAUUCUGGCUGUGCACUGGAGGAGUACGCCUGGGUCCCCCCAGGCCUCAGACCCGAGCAGAUCCAGCUCUACUUUGCAUGCUUGCCAGAGGAAAAGGUUCCUUAUGUUAACAGCCCUGGAGAGAAACAUCGGAUUAAACAGCUUUUAUACCAGUUGCCACCACAUGAUAAUGAGGUGCGGUACUGCCAAUCUUUGAGUGAAGAGGAGAAAAAAGAACUGCAGGUGUUCAGUGCUCAGCGAAAGAAGGAAGCACUUGGAAGAGGAACGAUUAAACUUUUGUCCAGGGCAGUGGUGCACGCCGUGUGUGAGCAGUGCGGACUGAAGAUAAAUGGAGGAGAGGUCUCGGUGUUUGCCUCCCGGGCAGGCCCUGGAGUGUGCUGGCAUCCAUCCUGCUUUGUCUGCUUCACGUGUAACGAGCUGCUGGUCGACCUCAUCUAUUUUUAUCAGGAUGGAAAAAUUCACUGUGGCAGGCACCAUGCAGAACUGCUCAAGCCACGGUGCUCAGCAUGUGACGAGAUAAUUUUUGCUGAUGAGUGCACAGAAGCGGAGGGUCGCCACUGGCACAUGAAACACUUCUGUUGCCUGGAGUGUGAGACAGUCCUGGGAGGGCAGAGGUACAUCAUGAAGGACGGCCGUCCCUUCUGCUGUGGCUGCUUUGAGUCUCUCUAUGCAGAGUACUGUGAAACCUGCGGGGAGCAUAUUGGUGUGGACCAUGCACAGAUGACCUAUGAUGGGCAGCACUGGCAUGCCACAGAAGCAUGCUUCUCCUGUGCCCAGUGUAAGGCCUCUUUGCUGGGAUGCCCGUUCCUUCCCAAACAAGGUCAGAUUUAUUGCUCAAAAACCUGUAGCCUCGGAGAAGAUAUCCACGCCUCCGACUCUUCUGACUCUGCCUUCCAGUCAGCGAGGUCGAGAGACUCUAGAAGAAGCAUCCGCAUGGGCAAGAGCAGCAGGUCAGCAGAUCAGUGCCGGCAGUCUCUUCUCCUGUCCCCUGCUCUGAACUAUAAGUUUCCUGGCCUCUCAGGCAAUGCCGAUGACACCCUGUCUCGGAAGCUGGAUGAUCUGAGUCUCUCCAGACAAGGAGCCAGUUUUGCCAAUGAGGAAUUUUGGAAAGGCAGGGUAGAGCACGAAACUCCUGAAGAACCUGAAGAAUGGGCUGAGCAUGAAGAUUAUAUGACACAGCUCCUCCUCAAGUUUGGUGAUAAAAGCCUCUUUCAGCAGCAGCCCAGUGAGAUGGAUAUUAGAGCCAGUGAGCACUGGAUAUCUGAUAACAUGGUUAAAAACACCCCAGAAUUAAAGCAAAAUCACCAGAGCCUUGCAAGUAAAAAAUACCAAUCUGAUAUGUACUGGGCUCAGUCACAAGAUGGUCUUGGCGAUUCCGCUUAUGGCAGCCACCCAGGCCCCGCCAGCAGUAGGAGGCUCCAGGAGCUAGAUCUGGACCAUGGUGCCUCGGGAUACAAUCAUGACCAGACACAGUGGUAUGAAGACUCCCUGGAGUGUUUGUCAGACUUGAAACCAGAACAAAGUGUUCGAGAUUCUAUGGAUUCUCUGGCUUUGUCUAAUAUCACAGGGGCUUCUGUAGAUGCAGAAAGCAAGCCAAGACCAUCAUUAUAUUCUCUACAAAACUUUGAGGAGAUAGAAGCGGAAGACUGUGAGAAAAUGAGCAAUAUGGGAACUCUGAACUCAUCCAUGCUGCACAGGAGUGCAGAGUCCCUAAAAAGUCUAAGCUCAGAAUUAUGCCCAGAGAAAAUCAUGCCUGAAGAAAAACCAGUACAUCUGCCAGUGCUCAGAAGAUCCAAGUCUCAGUCCAGGCCCCAGCAGGUCAAGUUUUCAGAUGAUGUCAUUGACAACGGAAGCUAUGACAACAUUGAAAUCCGGCAGCCUCCAAUGAGUGAAAGGACUCGGAGACGGGUCUACCAUUUUGACGAGAGGGAGCCUAGGUCUCACCACCAUCGCCGCAGGAGAAGUAGAAAGUCUCGCUCUGACAAUGCCCUGAAUCUUGUCACGGAACGAAAAUACUCUUCCAAGGACAGACUGAGGCUUUAUACCACCGAUAACUAUGAGAAAUUUAUACAGAAUAAAAGUGCCCAGGAGAUGCAAGCAUACAUUCAGAACAGUGAUCUCUACAGCCAGUACGCCCAUGCCACAUCUGACUAUGCACUGCAGAACCCCGGAAUGAAAAGGUUUCUGGGGCUCUAUGGUGACGAUGAUGACUCCUGGUGUUCCUCUUCCUCCUCCUCCUCUGACUCGGAAGAAGAAGGAUAUUUUCUUGGUCAACCAAUCCCUCAGCCCAGGCCACAGAGAUUUGCCUACUAUACAGAUGACCUUUCUAGUCCAACUUCUGCAUUCCCCACCCCUCAGUUUGGUCAGAGGACAACUAAGUCCAAGAAGAAAAAAGGACACAAAGGCAAAAACUGUAUUAUUUCUUAACCAAGCAGCUAUGGAGAGCAUUUGUUUAAGCUUAGCCAUUAACCAUCAGUAUCUUUUUUUCUUUCAUAGGAAAGUUGCUACAAUAGUUUAAAGUGCUUUCUUUGCCCGUGUAAAUGAGAACCCUACUGCUGUUUACAGUGUCAGAUUAACAUUUGAAAGGUGUGAUUUCUCCAGUUUACCCUCCUUGGGUGCCAGGUUAAUGUGACAUCUUGUGUCUGUGGCAGGUUCACUACAGUUUCAUAGAGCGGCUCAGUCUCCAAGAAAGGGAUGAGGUGAUUGGAUGGGGUGUGCAUUUUAGCAGACGGAGAGCCCUGGCCACCUUUGUAACGCAAUAGUGUUUGUCAUUAUGUAAGUCAGGUUGGCUCAGGUCUGAUCGGUCUGUCUUGUGAGGCAUGCACAUCGUCAUAAUGACCUAGCUAACACUGUGCAUCCUAUCAUGUGAGGCCAACUUGUCUCCCUUUGGCCCCCAUUAGCCAGGUAAACAUUGUAUUAGCUCCAGCUCCAGAUAGGAAAAAAAAAUUGCUAUUUAUAAUGUAGUAUUUCAUAGACUUAAGUGUAUUACUAAUUUAACGGUGCAAAUAUUAAUGUACAUACUGUACAGUUCAGAUUUUAAAGCUGAUAUUUUUAUAUCCCUGAAUUGCAAGAUGUUUGUUACACUGCAGUGCUAGACUUGUUAGGGAACCAGAAACAGCAUUUAUGGAUGAAAUGAUUGCUUGUGUUUUAGUCAGGGCUUAUAAGAUUAGAUAGUCAAAUUUAUAUUGCCUAGUGAUGAAAAGUUAAAAUUUUUUUUUUUUAUUUUUCAAUAUUAAAAAAGGCUCUGUAUGCAUGGUGGGGCUAUGUAAAUACUCUUAAACUAUGGCCCUGUUAAUUUUACGAGUGUUAUUUAUGGGUCAAGCAAUGUUAACUGUACACAAAUGUAAAAAAAAAAAAAAAAAACCCCACAUACCCCUGGAAUAUAUGCUAAAAACAGGUAGCAGCUGACUGGGUGGAUGUGUUUUCUCUGGGGGCAUGAGGUGGGCUGCCUUUCCCAGCUCAGCUCUAAAGCUACAAGGAUCAGCUUGGGGCUGGGGAUGUAGCUCAGUGGUUCUGCCACCUGCCUCACAAGUGCAAGGACCCGAGUUUGAUACCCGGUACCCUCCCAUCCAAAAAACCCCACACAAAAUACAAGGAUCAGCUUGUUGUGGCAGAAGACUUUGAAGAUCAGCUGAAAGGGAAAGAUAGAAAGGAAUAAUCUGUUGGUCUUUAAAAGCAGUUCUCAAAACUAAGUUUUCUGGUUUUUUCUUUUCUUUUUGGGGGGGGGGGGUACCGAGGAUCAAACUCGGGACCUUGCGCUUGCGAUGGUUUUUUUCUUUUCAAAUCUUUAAAUCAGAGGAUGCUGUGUCACUGAGUAUUUCAAGUUCCUAUGAGGUUCUAGUUCAAGGGAAAAUUGUUGAACUAAUGAGCAGAUAUUUUGAUAUGUGCCAUUCUUGCAUAUAUGUCUCAGUCCUACCUAAAGGUCCUGGAGGCAUCUGGGGCCUUUUAGGGAGGUAUUUAAUAAAUGCUUAAUAAAUAACAAACUACCUUUCUGAAUACAAAUCUUUGUAAACAUAUCCAGAUAACUUUGUUUGCUCCUGUGCUCAGGCAUGACUCACUCUGCAUCCUACCAUUACAGACCCUCUGAGACCUGUGUGUCCACCCCUCUCCCAUAGAUGGCAAAUAAGCUGGAAGCACUGAGGCCUAGCUUUCCAUAUUUAUCAGAGGGGAAAGCUAUCAGGUCUCAAGGAGGACAGAUGUAAAUCCAGUAGGAAACCAGUGGGCAGACAGGCUGGGUAAAGUAAGGCUUUGUAUCUGAGCUAGAAAGAUGUUCUUCAGAAAGCACCAAUGGGGAGAAUGCCCUGUACUUAGAGUAACUGUAUUGCCCUUUCCCUGGUCUGGUGCUUUGCAAAAUAGAUAACCAUGAAAACAAAGUGCCAAGCACAUGAUGAAAAUUUCAGAAAGGACAAACACUGAAGCUUCUCCUUUUCCUCCUCAUCCCAAGAAGUAACCACAGCUAUCCAGUUCUAGUGUAUCCUACAGCUGCUCAAAGCAUCUGUUUUAUAGAAGUGAGCCUCGUAAGAAUGGCAGGUGGUGGUGUAGCUCAGUGGUAGAGUAUGUACUUAGUAUGUGCGCAAUCGUAGGUUCAAUCCUCAGUACCAAAAAGAGACUUGCUUUGUUUUCUUUAUAUGUAAACAUUCCACCUCAUUCUUUCAAUGACUGUUCAAUAGAUGACUUUUGGAUACACAUCAUUAUUCAUUAUUUAACCAGCCUCAUUCAAACCUUAUCCUACAGAGGCACAUGUGUCUGUAAGUUGGUAGCAAAAUAAUUACUAGAACAAGUCCAAUUUUCCUUCAAAGAAAAUUCUGAUUUAUAUUACUGCAUAAUACGUGAGAGAGCUUUCCUACCACAACCUCACAUAAUAUGAGCAGAUUUCUUGGUUUUAAACAAAUUAUUAGAAGACUGCUGUAGUGUGUUGUUUUCAGCAGAUGAUACUGAGCCUAGAGAAAUGUAAGCAUAAGCUGCCUGCACUGCCCCCAGUAUAUUUUCAAAAGACAAAUUUUUUUGGUAAAUCUGGCAACAGUCACCUUAGUGGUUUUCUUCAUUUCCUCAUAUAAAGGUCACAUAGCUUACCAAAGGCCUGAGGAAAUACAGAAAUACUACAAUGAUGUCUACGGCCAUACCACCCUGAACGCGCGAUCUUGUCUGAUCUUGGAAGCUAAGCAGCGUCGGGCCUGGUUAGUACUUGGAUGGGAGAAAUACUACAAUGAUAAUGUAACCUUCAUGCUUUUAAGUCCUAGCUCUUAGCAAUAAAAGACUACAAAGGGGAAAAAAGAAA